UUUUUUUUUUUUUAAACUCACAGCAGGAGACGAACAGCUCGGGCUUUUUCUUAGUGUCAUGAAAGAAAUGUCGAGCAACAUGCCUGGUGGGCAGCAGCCGCAGAAACACUAUGGCAUCACCUCUGCCAUCAGCCUCGCCCCCCCAAGAGACAUAGACCACCAGUACACCCAGAAGCUCUGCGACGCCAUGAAACCUUUUGGAGUUUUUGAGGAUGAGGAAGAACUGAACCACAGACUUGCAGUUCUUGGGAAGCUAAAUAACUUUGUGAAAGAAUGGAUCGCAGAGAUCAGUGAAUUAAAGAACCUUCCACCGUCGGCCAUCAGCUGCGUCGGGGGAAAGAUAUUCACGUUUGGUUCCUACAGACUCGGCGUGCACACAAAAGGAGCUGAUAUCGAUGCCUUGUGUGUGGCUCCUCGCCACGUAGAGAGGACCGACUUUUUCCAGUCUUUCUUUGAGAAAUUGAAACAACAUGAAGAGAUUAAAGAUCUCAGGGCUGUUGAAGAUGCUUUUGUACCUGUCAUAAAAUUCAAAUUUGAUGGAAUUGAGAUCGACCUGCUUUUUGCCAGACUGGCCUUACAGUCCAUUCCAGACAACCUGGACCUGAGGGGAGACUCCAUCCUGAGGAACUUGGACAUCCGGUGUAUCCGCAGCCUUAACGGUUGUCGAGUGACGGAUGAGAUUUUGUACCUGGUGCCAAACAAAGAAAACUUCAGGCUGACGCUGAGAGCCAUCAAGCUGUGGGCCAAGCGUCGAGGGAUCUACUCCAACAUGCUGGGCUUCCUGGGUGGAGUCUCGUGGGCCAUGCUGGUGGCCCGGACCUGCCAGCUCUACCCCAACGCCGUCGCCGCCACGCUCGUUCAUAAGUUCUUCUUGGUCUUCUCCAAAUGGGAGUGGCCGAAUCCGGUGCUAUUGAAACAGCCUGAGGAGAGUAAUCUGAAUUUACCAGUGUGGGACCCCAGAGUGAACCCGUCUGACAGAUACCACCUGAUGCCCAUCAUCACGCCCGCCUACCCCCAGCAGAACUCCACCUACAACGUCUCCACGUCGACGCGCACCAUCAUGAGCGAGGAGUUCAAAUACGGCCUCAGCGUCACCGACGAGAUCCUUCAAGGCAAAGCCGAGUGGUCCAAACUGUUCGAGCCCCCCAGCUUCUUCCAAAAGUACAAGCAUUACAUCGUCCUGACUGCCAGUGCAUCUACAGAGGAGAACCACUUAGAAUGGAUCGGCCUGGUGGAGUCCAAGAUCCGCGUCCUGGUGGGAAACCUGGAGAGAAACGAGUACAUCACGCUGGCUCACGUGAACCCUCAGUCCUUCCCCGGGUCCAAAGAAAACCGCAACGAAAACGACUUUGUGUCCAUGUGGUUCAUCGGCAUCAUCUUCAAGAAGGUGGAGAACGCGGAGAGCGUCAACAUCGACCUGACGUACGACAUCCAGUCCUUCACAGACACCGUGUACCGGCAGGCCAACAACAUCAACAUGCUGAAGGACGGCAUGAAGAUCGAAGCAACGCACGUGAAGAAGAAGCAGCUGCAUCAGUACCUUCCUCCUGAACUGGUGCAGAAGAAGAAGAGGAGCAUUGCGGAGUUGAACCGGAGCUCCAACGGCGGGAACCCGAAGCGGAUGUCUCUGGACAACAGCCACCUGGACACGUCCAGAGACACGGACUCGGGGACGCCCUUCAGCUCGCCCACCAGCGAACCUUCCAAACCGGUGUCCGACAUGGACGACAGCAGCAGCAGCUGCAGUCCCUCCAAGCAGCUGUUUGGGGACAGCCCCCCCGCCCCGAGCGCCGCCGCCGCUAAAGAGCCGGGCAUGUCCAUCCCGGUCAUCGGCUCCAAGCCUGCGGUGAAAGCCAAGCCCCCCUCCCCUCCAGCCAGCAGCACGGCGCCCCCUAGCAGCAGCAGCAGCAGCAGCAGCAGCAGCGGGAAGCCCGGCGCCGCCAGCAGCAGCAGCAGCCAGGACGAGUCCAACGGCCUGGAGGACUCGGUCAACGGCGCCCCCGCCAAGCGGCCGCUCUCCCCCACGCAGGAGGAGCAGGCCAAGAGGCACAAAGAGUCGGAGGCGGCGUCCAACGACGACGCGACGUUCAAAGAGCCGUACCCGCCGUCGGAGGCGACGCCCGGAGAAGGACGCAGCACCCCUCCUCUUUCUGAAUCCAAGGCGAAGCCCAUUCCAACCAUCGAUACCUCCAGAACACAGAGACUUCCCAGCAUGGAGCUGCCCGACGCCUCCUCGCCUCUCCCGGCCAGCAACAGCUGCCGCGUGGUGAAGAACUCCAUCAAGCUGGCGCUCAACCGCCACAACAUCACGCCUCCCAAGCCCCCGGUGUUCGAGAGCUCGCUCAACCCCGACGCUCCCUCUGCCAGCCAGGAGAAGGGCAUGUCCAUUCCCGUCAUCGGCUCCAAACACGUGACGUCCAAACACGCGGCGCCCCCCGUCGGCAGCUCCAUCCCCACCCUGGUGAGCCGAGGGGCCGACCCGCUGAACGGCGCGGCGUCCAAGAGGCCGCACUCGCCCUCGCUGGACGAGCAGGCCAAGCGGCUGAAGGAGACGGAGAAGGCCAGGAUCCACAUAGCCUGAGCAGCCCGGCCUGCUGGAACGACGGGAAGUACACACACACACACACACUCACGCUGAGGUGAGCUUUAAAGCCGAGACUUCACACGGGGGAAGGGGAGGGGCGGCGGCGUGCAGCGCCGAGCGGCCGGACGAGACGCCCCCCCCCCCCCUCAGAUCCCUCAGAGAUUCCAGCGCUGCCAGCGGACGGAGGGAGUCGCUCCGAGUCCCGCCGUCGCGGACAUGACACCAGAACGAAAACAGCAGUUUUUUUUGGGGAGUUUCUUUUUUUUUUUUUUACUGAAUUCUUCUCCUCCUCUCCCUCAGUUCAGAUGGAAAAUGUCUUCUGUUCAUUCGUGCUUUCUUUCCAAUUGAAAUGUUUUAAGAAAAAAAAAAAAAAAAAGAAUCCCCAGAAACUUUUGACACCUGCUACACACACUUCUGGUGUUCUGGUGUACGCAGUUUUGUAGUUGC